GUGGCUUCAGACCUGACCGCCUAUAGUCGUCUGACAGUCGCUCGUGAACGGCCCCACUUCCUGUCCUAGAAGAAUGGAUCCUCAAGGCUUGAGGGAAGACCUCCGUCUGUUUCAGAGCACUCUGCUGCAGGAUGGACUCAAAGAGCUCCUGAAUGAGAACAAGCUCAUUGACUGUAGCCUGAAAGUGGGAGACAGGAGCAUCCCCUGCCACCAGCUCAUCCUGGCUGCGUGCAGUCCUUAUUUCCGGGAGCUCUUCUUCUCGGAGGAGGGCAAGGAGGCAGAAAGGAAGGAGGUUGUCCUGGAGAACCUCGACGCCAACAUCCUGGAGGCGAUCGUGAAUUACAUGUACUCGGCGGAGAUCGACAUCAACGAGAACAACGUGCAGGAUGUUUUGGCUGUUGCCAAUCGCUUCCAGAUCCCUUCCGUGUUCACAGUGUGUGUGAAUUAUCUCCAGAAGAACAUCUCCAAGAAAAGCUGCCUCGCCAUCUACAGGCUGGGACUGAUGCUGAACUGCGCCAGGUUGGCGAUAGCAGCUCGAGAUUAUAUCGCGGAUCGCUUCGAGACCGUAGCCAAGGACGAGGAUUUCCUGGAGCUCGCUCCCCCCGAGCUCUUCGCUAUCAUUGGGGCGGACGCGUUGAACGUGGAGAAAGAAGAGGACGUGUUUGAGGCUCUCAUGAGGUGGAUCAGAAAAGACAAAGACAAGCGCUUAAAAUCCCUGGACGAGGCCUUCGACUUCAUUCGUUUCCGUUUGCUCCCGGAGAAGUACUUCAAGGAUAAAGUGGAGAAGGACGACCUCAUUAAGGCCGACCCUGAGCUGCUCAAGAAAAUCAAAGUCAUCAAGGAAGCGUUUGCGGGGAAACUGCCAGAGAAGAAAAAGGCUGACAAGGACGGAGAGGAGGAGGACACGCUGCCUGGUUACCUGAAUGACACCCGCAGAUACGGCAUGUUUGCCAAAGACAUGCUGCUGAUGAUUAACGACACCGCUGCCGUGGCCUAUGACGGCCAGGAGAACGAGUGCUUCCUCGCAUCGAUGGCGGAGCAGAUCCCCCGAAACCACGUGAGCCUGACCUCAAAGAAGAACAAUACGUACGUGUUGGGAGGACUGUUUGUAGAUGAAGAGGACAAAGAAACCCCUCUGCAAUGUUACUUCUACCAGCUGGACAGUCUAGCCUCUGAGUGGAUUGCUCUGCCACCCAUGCCCUCUCCGAGGUGUCUCUUCGGUAUGGGUGAAUAUGAAAACCUAAUCUUUGCUGUGGCGGGAAAAGAUCUACAGUCUAAUGAGUCGCAUGACACUGUCAUGUGCUAUGACACUGAAAAAAUGAAGUGGACAGAAACAAAGAAGCUGCCCUUAAAGAUCCACGGCCACUGUGUGGUCUCAGACAACGGCCUGGUGUACUGCAUCGGAGGAAAAACAGAUGACAAUAAAACAACCAAUAAGAUGUUCGCAUACAACCACAAGAGGUCAGAGUGGAAGGAGGUGGCCUCCAUGAAGACAUCCAGGUCCAUGUUUGGGGCAGUUAUCUACAAAGGGAGGAUUAUUGUUGCUGGCGGAGUCAAUGAGGAGGGACUGACAGCAGCGUGUGAAGCCUAUGACUUCGGAACCAACAAGUGGUCCCCAUUUACAGAGUUCCCCCAGGAGAGGAGUUCAAUCAACCUGGUGAGCAGCGGGGGGCUGCUGUACGCCAUAGGAGGCUUUGCCAUGGUGGAGAACGAGAACAAAGAGUGCACGCCCAACGAAUUCAUCGACAUCUGGCAGUAUGAAGAUGAUAAGAAACAGUGGACUGGGAUGAUCAAAGAGAUGCGUUACGCAGCUGGAGCGUCCUGCGUCUCGAUGCGCCUGAACGCAGCCAAGAUGCCCAAACUGUAGCAGGUUGCUGCUCUAUAGAGAAUAUUAGAUACAUGUUCUUAUAUCAUUAUAACAUUUCAGACACAUUUCCUUUCUCAACUCUGUUGGGUUCUAGUUUUAAUAAAUUGUAUUACGACUUCA